AUGAACUCUUUCCUGGAGUACCUGUCGCGGGGCGGGGACAGCUUGAGUUUAGCCGGGAAGUUUAGCAGCGCGGAGCCCGGCGGCGUGGCUUUGCGGCCGCCCUGCGCCCUGUCAGCCGGCGGGGACGGCGCUUACCCGGGUCCUCCCGCGGGAAGCCUGCCGGACUUCUCCAAGCGCUUGGCGCCUCACCCCCAGGCGCCCCGGCUCCAGCCGCCACAGCUGGCGCCCUGCGCGUUUACCGCCUCGCACGUUUUCCCCUCGGCCGAAUUCAACCUGCUCCGUCCCGAGGCGCCCUACGCGGGGCCGGAGGAGAGCGCUCCGCUGCAUUACGCCACGUCCAUUUUCCCCGCCGGCGGCGGCGGAGGUGGCGGCGCCUACCUGCAAAUGGAUUACACCGCGCUGGCCGAGACUUUUCAGCCUUGCUCCAAGGAUGCGCCGCUGCGGCCGUCGCCCCGGGACUUCUGCCCCAAGGCCAACGGCCAAGCGGCGGUCAGCACUUUCGAGUGGAUGAAAGUCAAGAGGAACGCGCCCCCUAAAAGUAAACCCACAGCUUGUGGGUCUUCCAGUCUUCCUAGUGUUGUAAGAACCAAUUUCAGCACUAAGCAACUGACCGAAUUGGAGAAAGAGUUCCAUUUCAAUAAGUACCUCACCAGAGCCAGGCGUGUGGAAAUAGCAAAGUCUCUGGGCCUCAAUGACACUCAAGUGAAAAUCUGGUUUCAAAAUCGGAGGAUGAAGCAGAAGAAAAGAGAAAGGGAAGGAAUAGUGAUUCCUGGAGCACCUACUCAAGUUUCUCCUUCAGUAUCCAGCCCCAGACAUUCAGGGAUGUGCUCUGUGGCCCCUUCUCCUACCAAAAACUCACCUUAAUACUAUGGCAUUAUAAAAACACUGAGAAUGGAUACAGAUGCAUGGUACUGAAAAGACUCAAAAACUUCAGAAGCAAAAUCCGACAGCUCUGUAAAGUGUGAAAUCAUGCAAAUUUGAAUUCAAGGUACAAAAGAAGACAAUAAUUGCACUAAGUUUUACGCUGACCAUGGGAAAGUCCAUUGUAUAGAAUGAAAACCUGCUGCUUUACACAGAACUGAUUCAAGGCACAAAAGGCAUAUGAUGAUAUGUUUACAUUUUAUUUAUAUGUAUUUUCAGGGAAAGCUGCUUUCACCUUCUAUAUGCUGCUAAACUUUGUUGCUGGCCUGGCUGAAUUUAUUUACAGGCUGAUAUUACAUUUGUUUACUUAAAAGGAAACCCCUUAAGACUGAUGUGGGGGAUUCUACUAAUAAAACCAAAGAUAAGGAAUAACUCAUGGAUGGAAUCUAUUCUGCACUGAUUUUAAAUCUAUUUCAGUCUAACUAACCUGUGUUUUUUAAUUUGAAUAUUGAAUAUUAAUUUGAACGGGUUCCACUAGGUCUUCUCCAUACUCCUUCUUUGAGAUAUGUGUAUGGAAACACAAUCAUUAGCCAUCAGGGAUGUUUUGAUUCCUUUUUGUUUCUGGGAAUCAAGCAGUGAUUCUUCUUAACAAAGAUUCUUGUCAGAAAGUUCUG